CGAAGACGCGUCAUACCGCGAGAAUAGCUAUCAUGAGCGGUGGCGCCGUCCGCACCUCCAGCACUCGUCGACACACAAGGAACAAUAACGCGUCCCCAUACGCGCGCCCUUCGGCGAAGAAGUCCUCUGGAUGGAGCCUUACUGGCUUGCUCAACUACCUCAACCCAUUCAACUCGUCGCAUUCAGAACAAGAGCGUAGCUCGCCGCCUCCGGAGGGCGAGGUUGCGUCGCGGUUAGCGGCUCGCGGCCAGGAGAUACAGACGGAAGGUACUACAAGACGAGAUUCGGGUUACUCCAACUCCUUCACACAGCAGCGGCCGGCUCAACCACAACCACAACCACAACCCCCUGCACAACCUACCUCCCAAUCGCCCCCAGCCGUUUCUAUGAAUGGCAGCCAACGCAUUUCGCCACGCAGCGACCAUUCCAGCAGCUCCUCUAUCGAGAACAUCAAGAAAAUCCGGCAGUUCUUGGACGAGAAGGAGGGACAGGGACAAAGUCUGAAUGCGAUUGAAGUCGCCGGCUUGGUUCACCUUCUGCAAAACAGCGUCGAAGACUAUGACGAACAAGAGCCUUUCCGAUUUUCCAGGAGCCCAAGUGCGACGCCGAUGCGUGGUAUGACUCCUACCAACAACAUGUUCUCUCCGAAUGCCAUGGAGCACCCGGCCGGUAACGGUGCACAGAGUGUGCCGAAGACUUUAGCCAAGAACCCGAUGGGCGUUUACCACUGGCGAGGAGGCGGUAGUGCUCGCCCCCGCAAUCGCUACCAAUCGCCGAACUUUGGCUCAAAACCCGUCCGAACUACUAUCAAGCUCCAGCCGGAGAAGUCCAGGGCAGACACCAAGAGAAGGCGUGUUGGAGAGGAAGCGACGACGUCCUCGCCACAGCGAGCAGGCGCUACGGCCGUUCCGAAGGCGAACGGCACGACGACGCCUUCAGUCUCCGCUUCAGCUUCUGCGACUAGUGCACUCAACGGAUCAGCGUCCGUGAACGGCAUGGCGAAUGGUCGGGCAAACGGAGCUCCUCCGCCCACCACCCCUAGCAGACCAGGCAUUCGUACCAGCGGUGUCAAACCUACUGCCCCAGCCAUACCCUCGCCUCUGCGUCAGACAUGGGGCCAGACGGACUCGCCGCCUCAGCCUCAGGGCAAGCCCACCCGUGCAGCGAGCUUCAUGACGGAGCUGAUCAAGGAGGUGACGCCUCCCAAGAAACCUGACUUCGUGAACCCGUACGAAGCAGCAAACCCGAUCAUCAAGCCCCCGCCGAAGAAGCAGCCAAUCCGGAAGAUGCGGGUUGCUGCGGCGAAGACUGAAGAGCCCAAGAAGGUGCCCGAGCUUACUCCACAGGCGAUCAUCGAAGCUACUGUGCCUAAGGGGAGCAAGCGAUCGAGACCACCGCCGGAGCUCAUCGGGGUCAAGUCUCCUGAGAAGAGGGUCACGUCUCCCGAGUCUGCUGCCCCCCGCCGCAGCACGCGUCUGAACGGUGCCGAGUCUUCGGCACAGGUCAACGGCGCGCCGAAGGCACCGGUUGUUGAAGAGGUAUCCGAAGAGGAGCAGCCUUCGCCGCCCAAGAAGCAGCGAACUCUCACGUUGCCCCCCGCUCAGCAGAGCAAAGUCUCCACAUUCAUUGUCGAGGAGGUCGACGAUGUCGAAAUGUCGCUACCGUCGCGAUCGGCGCAGCCUUCGUACACUUUACCCUCCGAGAUCAUCGAGCCUGGAGACGACAAAGUCGACAAGAAGCGGGCGACGUCUCCCACCUCUGCCUUCCCAGGCUUUGGUGCCGCAGCCCGCGGCGCGAAGUCCUCUGCCCCUAAGGCACCAUCGAAGCUUCGCUUCAGCAUUCAAGUGGAAAGGGAGGAGAAGGCAGAUGCUGUCGCCGCUCCUGCCUCUACUCCUGUCCCUGCUCCCUUCUCCGCGCCUGCGCCGACAUUCGCGGCUUCUCAGCCUGCCAAAGCACCUGUGGCGCCGGAGAAGCCCAAGGAUGUGCGUGUGUAUGUCGCUGCCAUGCGCCAGGACGAACUUCCGACGUACACGUUCACACCUCCGCUCUCUUCCCCCGGUGCCGGCCCUAGCACGCUGAGGGCUCGCCAGAUCGCCAAGGCUGCCCCUGUGUCGUCGCUACCUACCUACGAUUUCACGAAGGUCCCAGCGCCAGCCCCCGCGGCCAAGCCGACGGGUGGAUUCGAUUGGAGUGCGGCAGGAAUCAAGCCUCCUCCCAAGGCCGCCGGGGAGUCGUGGACAUGCUCUGUGUGCAUGCUCCAGAACUCGACGGCAGGCGACAAGUGCACGGUGUGCGAUGCGCCGCGGCCGGACAAGCCGAAGCCCGCGACGGCCCAGGGCGGGUUCAAUUGGGCGGCCGCUGGGAUCAAGCCCCCUCCGAAGCCCGCUGGGGGACAGUGGACAUGUUCGGUGUGCAUGCUGUCGAAUCCGAGCGAUGCGGCGAAGUGUACGGUAUGCGACUCGCCGCGGUGAUGCUUUGUCCUCGUUUUCUUUCCUGAUUACAGGUUUGUCGUAAUCGUCUUCUGUGCAUACGUAGUUGAUCCGUAGCCGUGAAUCUGCAGUAGCAGUUCCUGUCAAUGUUUUCGUCUCGUCUGCGUUGUUUCUGCAAUUAGUUAGCCAGCUGUCUGUGACCCGCAAUUCUCUCUUCCUUUUUCGCCCUCGCUGUCGCGAUCUGCAGCGAUGCCGUAGAUAUUACACGAUGAUAGUGAUAUUACAUCCAGUAGCUAUCUACUUGUACAUACGAGUCCGUGUUGUGUAGUAGCGCAUCUUCGCCACCGCUACUGUUGCUGAACAAGAUCUAGGGGUACCUUGCGUACUCU